CCACCAACUGAAGCACAAGGUGGGAUGGAAACUGGGCAGCAGCAGGAAGUCAAAUCCCCACCUAUGUAAAGGGGGAAGGAGAAAACAGGGUGGGGAAGGGUGGGGAGGAAUAACAUCUUUUCCCACCUUUUAUUUUUUUUGUGCCUUGGCUAAUAAUAGCCGUUGGAGAUGGUGAAUGAAGUCAGUCCCCCAAGGAGAGGCCCAGCAGCACUCAAGCUCCCUUGUGGGAAGUGAACAGCAUCCUUGCUGCUUCAUGCUCUCAGGAUGUCUGGCAGCUCUCUGAACCGCUUCCGGGUUCGUCCAGCAGAACCGCGGGACUGUACGGAAAUCCUGCGUCUCAUCAAAGAACUAGCUGCUUAUGAAAACAUGCCUAAUGCAGUAAAAGUAACAGAAACAGAUUUGCUUCGAGAUGGUUUCGGAUCACGUCCUUUCUUCCAGUGUUUAAUAGCAGAAGCAAAUAAGGAUGAUGCAAUGCAGGAUACCGACAUUGUAGGGUUUGCUAUGUAUUACUAUACUUAUGACCCUUGGAUUGGCAAGCUGUUGUACUUAGAAGACUUCUACGUUAUGGAUGAAUAUAGAGGUUGGGGCAUUGGAACAGAACUUUUAAAAAGAUUAAGCCAGAUAGCAAUCGAAACCAACUGCAGCUGCAUGCAUUUCCUUGUUGUUGUUUGGAACAAGCCAUCUAUAGAGUACUAUAUGAGGCGUGGUGCUUCAGACCUUUCCACUGAAGAAGGCUGGCAUCUCUUUAGAUUUGACAAAGAAAAUCUAGUCAGAAUGGCUUCUGGAGACUAAAAGAAGGAAGUCCGCCAUUUUUUUUUUAUCACUCUCAAAGCUUGGAGUGCUCAUCAGGCUUGCGAUGAAAAACCUCACUUACAAGGGGAGACUUCUGGUUAACACAGUGGCGUCAAAGCAGAGUGCAAAUAGCAAGAAAAAUUAAAAGAAGGAUGCGUGUUUUAUGACUGA